UCCAUUUCACAGGUGGUCUUCUCUACAGGCUUCAUGAACUAGUCCAGAAACAGAAUCAACGAGAUGUCAUCUAAAACCUGGUUAACAGGCACUCAGUGCAUUGCCAAGUGUGACCACGCCAAGCCUAAGGCAGGGGAGCUGAGCUACCACAAGGGAGACAUCCUGACCAUUGUGGAAGCUGGACUGGGCAAAGGGGUUUACCUGGCCCAGCACAACAAGACAGAGGAGAAGGGCACUGUGUCUGCAAGCUGCCUGCGAGAGAGGGAGGCAAUCAGAGUGGACCCCAGCCUCAGUCUCAUGCCGUGGUUCCACGGGAAGAUCUCUGGUCCGGAGGCGGUCCUCAAGCUCGCCCCUCCAGAGGACGGGCUGUUUCUGGUGCGCGAGUCGAUUCGUCACCCCGGAGACUACGUGCUUUGUGUGAGCUUCCAGAGAGAGGUCAUCCACUACCGGGUCAUCUACAAGGACAGCAAGCUGACCAUUGACCACGUGCAGUACUUCUACAACCUCAUUGACAUGAUCCAGUCUUACAUGAAGGAGAAAGGAGCGAUCGCCACCACCCUGCAGAAACCCAAACAGAAAGAGGGCACCAAGUCAGCCGCGGAGGAGCUUUCCAAAGCGGGGUGGCUACUGGACAUGAAGAAACUGACCCUGGGAGAGAGUAUCGGAGAGGGAGAGUUUGGAGCUGUUUUUAAAGGGGAGUACAUGGGUCAGAAGGUGGCUGUGAAGAACAUCAAGUGUGAUGUCACUGCCCAGGCCUUUCUGGAGGAAACUGCGGUCAUGACGAAGCUGCAGCACCCUAACCUGGUGCGCUUGCUCGGGGUGAUCCUGCACAACGGGCUGCACAUCGUCACGGAGUUCAUGGCCAAGGGGAACCUGGUGAACUUCCUGCGGUCUCGGGGGCGCUCGCUCAUCAACGCUCGCCAGCUGCUCCGCUUCGCACUUGAUGUGUGUGAAGGGAUGGAGUAUCUGGAGUCCAGGAAGUUCGUCCAUCGCGACCUGGCCGCACGCAACAUCCUGGUGUCCAGCGACAACGCGGCCAAGGUCAGCGACUUCGGCCUGGCCAAGGUGGACCCCAAAUCCAUGGACAAUGCCAAACUGCCGGUCAAGUGGACGGCCCCCGAGGCGCUGAAGAAAGAGCAAAAGUUCUCGACUCGCUCGGACGUCUGGAGCUAUGGAGUCCUGCUCUGGGAGACCUUCUCAUACGGCAGGCAGCCGUACCCCAAGAUGACCCUCAAGGAGGUGAAGGAGAAGGUGGAGAAGGGCUAUCGCAUGGAGGCUCCAGAGGACUGCCCCCCUGCCGUGUACGCCCUGAUGCGGAGCUGCUGGGAGAACGAUCCCGGGAAGCGGCCGUCUUUCCGCAAGCUGAGAGAGAAGCUGGAGAAGGAGCACCGAAGCUGGGAGCCCACGCCAGGCAGCUGAUCCAGCCAGGGCACACACCCCCAUCGCUCCACCAACAGAGAGGCUUCUCCCAUGCAGCCUAGCACCAGACUCCCAUUUCAGGAAGCGCUAAUCACUUUUCAAAUCCAUUUUAUUGCCUCUUUUAUUAGCACUCGCAAUAUUAGCAUUGGUCCCCCUUUUUACUUUGUUGAAAAUCUGGCAAAGGCGCAGACAGACGGACCAAACUGUUCACCUGGAGCAGAAAGACAGGCCAGUGUGACACUGUACUAGAUUCUUUCGAACACGUGAAACGUUCUCCGAGAGCCGUUGCUUGCUCUCGAGACCACUCUACCACACCGCUAUCAGCUUACCCUGUGUGCUCCGUUUUCAUAACGGCCACCAAUCAGUGAACAUUUUGACGGCGAGCGAGAUUGCUGCUGGCACUGUAAAAGGUAGUAAUUUUUUUUUUUUUUUUUCAACAAUAUGAAAUGAUGAAAUGAAUUGCCCUAAAUGCAAUUCUUCUAGGUCCCUAACCCUAAUGUUAAGGCAGGUGGGUGUGUGUUGAAAUUAAACUCCGUAUUCAAAUUCUCUCACCUGGCCUGUCUUUCUACACCUAUAUUUAAUUACUAUAUAUGUAUAUAUUUUUUUUACUAUGGAAUAUGCAGCGCUAUGGAUGAAAAGCUACUGCUGCUUCGUGCAUGUGCUGUAGUUCAAACUACAAUUAGACCAUGUGAACUGCAGCUAUAGCACCUUGAAUCCAGUUGUAUUAUCUAGGUGUGGAUUAUACCCUGAAUUAAAAUGUGAAAAAGUUAAGAACCGAGAGAUUGCUAGCAGCGUGGGUUAUGAUGGGAAUGAAGCUAAAAAGAGGUAAGAGAUGGAUGUGAAAGCACUGGUCAGCUCUCAAGGGCUUCCCCACGUUCUUCAUUGGUCACCCCUGAGCUUAGAUGCAUCACAGAGGCACAGGGCUAACUAGAACUGCCUUUCCUCCUCCCGCAAGGCUGUGUGCUCUUUGGUUUAGGGCAGGAGCUCAGCGAGUCGGUGUGAUCUUCUGGUUGCAGCGCAGGAUGGGAGUGUCUUUGUGUGUAGAUCUGAAAACUCAAAAGGCUUCUUACCGGGCUGGGAGAGAGUGGAACACUUAAGAAUGUAUAAACUUUUCAAACACUGUGAACUUCUGUUAUUGAGGAUGGAAUGCACUGCAUGGAUAACCCGGAGCAUGUAUUAUACAGUGUGUGUCUGUCUGUCUCUCUCUCUCUCUCUCUCUCUCUCUCUCUCUCUCUCUCUCUCU